AUGGCCGGCGGAGAUGGCAGUCAGGACUCUAUCAGCACGCCUGAGCCCGUAGAGAAAGGCUUCGCGACGCUCACCCAAUUGCAGAUUGGCGUGAAGGCAUUUGUCGAAAAGAAUGGAGAACCUCGAAAAGCAGAAAUUCUAUCCAUCAAACAGAGAAAUGGUGCCCUGACUUUCUACGUACAUUAUGUCGAGUUCAACAAGCGUCUGGACGAAUGGGUCACAGCCGACCGCAUCGAUCUCUCUCAGGAGGUCGAGUGGCCCGUCCCCGAGAAGCCCGAAAAGAAGAAGACCACCGUAACCACGAAAGGGCCACCGUCAAAAGCUGCCGCGGCCAAAUCCAUCACCACUAAAGCCGGUCGUCCCAGGACAGAUUCCCGCGCCAGUUCUGCGACACCUGAUCUCCUCAGCUCCAAGGCAGGCAAUGACCGAAAGCUUCCCGUGCCCUCCAAAGCAGGUGGAAAGGAGAAUCGCGAGGAAGGGCUCGUGCCCGACGGGGAUGCCUCACUCGCGAUUACCCAAGCAGGCACUCCCUUGCCAGCGAUCGGAAUUGAAGACGGUGCAGGAAGCAGCGUGGACGUGGAAAUGCCCGACGUGACCAAGACCGAGGAGAAGGUAGCUCCCAUCAUGGAGCCAGAGGAGGAAAUCGAGAAGCUGCGCACUGGUGGCUCCAUGGUGCAAAAUCAUGCCCAAUUGCAUCUUGUACGCAACCUGAACAAGAUUCAGAUGGGCAAACACAUUAUCGAACCGUGGUACUUCUCUCCCUAUCCCCAAGAAUUCGGUGACGUGGACAUGGUCUAUAUCGAUGAAUUCUGCCUGUCCUACUUCUCCUCCAAGAAGGCAUUCGAGAGACACCGCACCAAGUGCGAGUUGCGUCAUCCGCCGGGCAACGAGAUCUACCGCGACGACUUUGUGAGUUUUUUCGAGGUCGAUGGUCGACGGCAGCGUACUUGGUGCAGAAACCUGUGCCUGCUGUCCAAAUUGUUCUUGGAUCACAAGACGCUGUACUACGACGUCGACCCCUUCUUAUUUUACUGCAUGGUCACUCGGGACGAAUACGGCUGUCAUCUUGUCGGAUAUUUCAGUAAGGAGAAGGAGUCGGCGGAAGGUUAUAACGUCGCUUGUAUUCUGACCUUGCCGCAGUAUCAGCGACAAGGUCUCGGGAGAUUGCUUAUUGCUUUUUCCUAUGAGCUAAGCAAACGAGAGGGUAAGCUGGGGUCCCCUGAGAAACCUCUUUCGGACCUAGGCCUGUUGGGUUACAGGCAGUAUUGGAAAGAAGUGCUGAUCGAGCUUCUUUCUGAUCCUGCACGGCUGCCUCCGCCGGGAUCAGCCUCCCAUACACCAACUUCGGAACAUCUUCAUCCACACGCAUCUCUAGGCUUCACGGGUCCAUCGUCACAAUAUUCCACGAGCAUUGCCGAGAUAGCGAGUCUGACAGCCAUGACUGAGAAGGACGUGCAUGAACAGCUCGAGGUGCUGAAGCUCCUGCGUUAUCACAAAGGUGCGUGGAUCAUCGUCGUGCGAGACGAGCUGCUCGAGUGGCAGGAAAAGCGGAGGGAGAAAGAGAAAGUCAAAGGGAGCAGGCGGAUUGAUCCCAGCAGACUCAACUGGAAACCGCCUGUCUUUACCGCUAGUAGCCGGACGUGGAAUUGGUAG